AUGCAGAACUAUUGGGUCUGGACAUCUCAUGGAGAAGAUUAUAAUAUGUUCGACAAUAAUUCUGAAGAAGAUGCGUUCACCACAAAGCCAACAAAUCCUUAUGUGGCAAUGGUUUCAGAUGCAUUUGGCAAUACAGAGGCAGAGGCAGGAUUUGAUCAGAUGAACGAAGAAGAGCCUAACCCCGAAGCAAAAAAGUUUUAUGAUAUUCUGGAUGCUGCAAAACAACCAAUUUAUGAUGGAUGUAAAGAAGGUCUUUCGAAACUAUCUUUAGCAGCUCGGCUUAUGAGUUUGAAGACGGAUUACAAUUUAUCUCAAAAUUGUAUGGACUCCAUUGCUAAGAUGAUGCAAGAAUAUUUGCCAGAAGGUAACAACUCGCCCAAGUCGUACUAUGAAAUCAAGAAGCUUAUGCGGUCUUUGGGCUUACCUUAUCUCAAGAUAGACGUUUGUCAAGAUAAUUGCAUGAUAUUUUGGAAGGAUACUGAAGAUGAAGAAAAAUGUUUGUUCUGCAAGAAAGACAGAUUUCGUCCUACACAAAAGAUUGGGCAGAAAAAAAUCGCACAUCGAAAAAUGUUUUAUAUGCCGGUAGCUGAUAGAUUGAAGAGAUUAUAUCGGUCUGUUAAUACUGCAAAAAAUAUGAGAUGGCAUGCAGAACACUUUGCGAGAGAUGGAGAAAUGAGUCAUCCAUCAGAUGGUGAAGCAUGGAAGCAUUUUCACAAGGUAUUCCCUGACUUUGCAUCUAAUCCAAGAAAUGUUUACCUUGGGUUAUGUACAGAUGGUUUUAAUCCAUUUGAAGAUCAUGAAGAUCGACAUAAUAUAGUCAAUUUCAGAAAGGGAAGAGUUGUGGAUGGUAGUGCACCUCCGAUACUAACAGGCGAUGAAUUCUUGAAUAAAGUCUCCAGGUUUCCAAAAACAGUUGCUUGCGGGGGAAAUCAUGGAAAACUGCAAGGAUAUGGUAACACUCACAACUGGCAUAAGCAAAGCAUUUUUUGGGAGCUACCUUAUUGGAAAGAUCAUCUACUUCGACAUAAUCUUGAUGUGAUGCAUAUCGAAAAAAACUUUUUCGACAAUAUCAUCAAUACUUUACUAGAUGUGAAGGGGAGAACAAAAGAUAACAUCAAAUCACGACUCGAUUUGAAAGAGCAUUGUGAUCGCAAAGAGUUGCUGAUAAAGACUAAUGGAAAGGCACCAGUCCCAAUAUUUAGAUUACAAGCAGAAGCGAAGAAAGUGUUUCUGCAUUGGCUCGAAAAGGAUGUUAAAUUUCCUGAUGGAUAUUCAUCAAGUUUAUCAAACUGUGUUGAUAUAGCGGGAGGAAAGUUAACCGGAAUGAAAAGUCAUGACUGCCAUGUUUUAAUGCAACGGCUACUUCCAAUUGCAUUUGCUGAGCUAAUGGAUCAAUCUGUACAUAGUGCACUAUCUAGUGUGAGUUUAUUUUUCCAAGACAUAUGCGCAAGGACUAUACACAGAGAUGGUGUAGCGAUGAUGCAGAAAAAUAUUUCUGUGGUUCUUUGUAACCUAGAGAGAAUAUUUCCUCCUUCAUUUUUUGAUGUCAUGGAGCAUUUACCGAUUCACUUGCCACACGAAGCUAAUCUUGGAGGACCCGUGCAAUUUAGAUGGAUGUAUUGUUUUGAACAAUAUAUGGGCCAUCUACAGAAAAAGGUGAAGAAUAAGGCAAAGGUAGAAGGUUCAAUUGUUGAACAAUACAUAAACGAAGAAAUUUCUACUUUCUGUAGUUAUUACUUUGAGCCUCACAUCGAAACCAAAAAUCGGAGAGGAGAUCGACACUAUGAUGGAGGUGAUCAAAAAGCUACACAUGACACUGAUGAAAUUCCAGAUAUCUUUUCUCAACCAGGGAGGGGCAGUGGUAAAGAAAAGAAGAUUUGGCUCAAAGAUGAAGAUCACCGUAUCGCACAUACAUAUAUUUUGCGGAACUGCGACCAAUUAGUAUCAUUUGAAAGGUUAUUUGAUGAGAGCAUGAUUGCUGCUAAUCCUGAGAUAAGCGUAAACAACAGAAAUGAGCUUAUGGAUAAAGAAUACUCCAACUGACCUGUUGAUCUAAAGCUUGUGGUCUUCAAGUGUGACUGGUAUGAUUCAACCAUUGGAAAUGGUAUACGAAAAAACAAGUCAGGGAUUAUCGAUAUCAACGAUAAAAGACGUUAUGAGAAAUACGAUCCUUUUGUUUUGGCUUCACAAGCAGAUCAAGUAUGUUAUGUUCCAUAUCCACGGAUGACUCAACCAAGAAAAGAUCAACACUGGAAAGCAGGAAUUAUGAUACCACCGAGGGGGAAAGUGUUGGUCAACAAAAACUUGGAUUUCAGUGCAAUGCAACAAGAAAAUGAUGAUUUUAUUGUCCAAGUUGAUUCAUUGCACGUCGACACGUUGACAAGUAUACAUGGCCAAGAAGAAGAUCUUGAUGAUCCAGAAGUAGAAGCGGAAAUCGGAUCUGACACCGAAAAUACCGAAGAUGGAAAUUAUGAUAUCGAGUUAUCUAGUGACGAUGAAUAA